CACCAUCAUUCUACUAAACAACAAUACAUCACUGCCGCCUACAUAGUAUCUUUAUACAUACAAAAAGCCCAUUCAUCCAAGAUGCAUUUCUUCAAAGCCUCUAUCAUGGUCCUCGGAGCUCUUGCUUCCACAACACUGGCACUCCCAGUGCAAGACAACUCCAUCAUCAGCCGUGAACCUUCUAAGCAAAAAUACGCCACCUAUGAUGCUUCUCAUGUGGAAGAGCGUUCCAAGGAGAAGUACGCUACCUAUGACGCUUCCCAGGGCGUAGACAAGCGAGAGCCAUCCAAGGAAAAGUACGCAACCUACGAUGCCACCCAGGCAGAGAAGAGAGAACCUUCCAAGGAGAAGUACGCGACAUACGAUGCCUCCCAUGCCGAGAAGCGCUCGAAGCAGAAAUAUGCUACUUACGACGCCACCCAAGCGGAAAGGCGUUCUAAGGAGAAGUACGCCACCUACGACGCUACUCAGGCAGAGAAGCGAGAACCUUCCAAAGAAAAGUACGCGACUUAUGAUGCUUCUCACGCCGAGAAGCGCGAGCCUUCAAAGGAGAAGUACGCCACUUACGAUGCUUCCCACGUGGAGAGCCGAGAGCCAUCUAAGCAGAAGUACGCUACCUAUGAUGCUACUCAAUCCGAGUAGAGAUGGCUCGUGAGUUGAAUGUUAUUGCGGAACAGCUUAUGUUGGGGGAGAGGGGUUACCGAGUCUCCCCUAACACAAUCCACUACAUAGAAUUUCGCAUAACAGUACUUACCUAGACAAUUACAAUUUGGGGGUCUUGAACAAUUGCUGGAUGAAUGAGGCAAGGAAAGAAUAGCCAUAUGCUAGAUGGCUUCUAGGGACACUCGUUAGGAC